GCCUCAACCGCCAAGAAGCGCAACCCGGCGGCUGAGGCCUUGAGAUCGAUCGCCGGCCUCUUCGCUUCUUGCUUCACCCCUCCACAGCUUGACGCCUCUAGCAACUUGGAUCCCUCCAAUUCUCGUUCUGUUGCGUCUGAUGGUUCGGGAUCCGGAAAGAGACGACGGAGCUCGGCUGGGGGAAGCAAUAACAUCUACGGAAGUCCGACCCACAACCACAAGCGAGAGCCAGGGAGCAUGAAAUUUACCAUUGACCAGAUCUACCGAGCUUCCAACUCAUUCUCGCCUUCCUUCAAGAUCGGCCAAGGUGGUUUCGGG